AUGCAACAAGCAAUCCCUUACAAACCAUGGACGAUUCACUCCGGCCUAUCUCAGCCGUUAAACCACCACCAGACCACCCAAUUUCACGGAUCUGCAAAAGGCGCUGUCAGAGACGCCGUGUCGGAAAACGCCGUCAUCGUAUUGGCUCGUCGUGGAUGCUGUAUGAGUCAUGUGGUGAAGCGGUUGCUUAACGGUCACGGUGUGAAUCCGAGCGUGUUUGAGUUUGAUGAAGGGGAGGAGAAUGAUGUCGUGAAGGAACUUGAGAUGAUCGAUGCGGAAAACGAAGGUAAGGAUAGCCGGAGUUUACAGUUUCCGGCGGUGUUCAUCGGAGGACGGAUGUUCGGUGGAUUAGAUCGGGUGAUGGCGACGCAUAUCACCGGUGAAUUGAUCCCCGUGCUUAAACAAGCCGGUGCUUUAUGGCUUUGA